UUCCUAUAUUUGCAUACCCCAUCCUAAAACCCCUUCUUUGUGUGUAAAGAAAGAAGAGAAGGAGAGAAAUGGCUGGUGCAUUUGCCUCCUUCCUCAACAAGGUGAAGCCUUAUUUGGCUAUGUUGUCCUUGCAGUUUGGGUAUGCAGGGAUGUAUAUUGUGACCAUGAUGUGCUUCAAAAGGGGAAUGAGUCACUGGAUACUUGUUGUCUAUCGACAUGUAUUUGCAACCAUUGCUGUUUUACCCUUUGCUAUCGUUCUUGAAAGGAAAAUAAGGCCAAAGAUGACACUCAGGGUCUUCAUUAAGAUAGUGGCUCUUGGUUUUCUAGAGCCAGUGAUUGAUCAGAACUUGUACUAUCUGGGACUGAAGAGCACAACUGCAACAUAUGCAUCUGCCUUUGUCAAUCUCCUCCCUGCAGUAACCUUUCUCCUGGCUGUCAUUUUCAGAAUUGAGAAAGUAAACCUAAAGAAGAAAUCAAGCAUGGCAAAGGUGAUAGGAACAAUAAUAACGGUGGCCGGAGCAAUGGUGAUGACUAUUUACAAAGGGCCAAUGUUCAACUUGGUCGCUCGUUCUCACGGUGUCGGCCACCAUGAAGUCGCGGCUGCCACCCCCGUGAACUGGGUUGCCGGGACCAUUGAGCUCAUUGCUUGCAUUGUUGGCUGGUCAGGUUUCUUCAUUGUUCAAUCGAUGACAUUAAAAGAGUACCCAGCAGAAUUAUCUCUAGCUGCAUGGGUAUGUGUGAUGGGCGUAGUGGAAGGUGGAAUUGUGGCUCUUAUAAUGGAACGUGAUUGGAAUGCUUGGGUUAUUGGCUUUGACUCUAGGCUCCUUGCUGCUGCUUACUCUGGUAUUGUUUGCUCAGGAAUUGCAUAUUAUGUGCAAAGUGUGGUUAAUAAAGUAAAAGGGCCAGUGUUUGUGACAGCCUUUAGCCCAUUGAGUAUGGUUAUCACUUCAAUUCUUGCUGCUAUUAUCUUGGCUGAGUCAGUCCACCUUGGAAGCUUAAUUGGAGCAAUUAUCAUAGUCAUUGGACUUUACUCUGUGGUGUGGGGUAAGAGUAAGGAGGGGAAAGGAAAUGAAAUUAUUGGCAAAGACCAAGAAUUACCAGUUGUGGACAUAAAAGAAAGGUCAACCAUUGUUGAUGAUAAUAUUGAUGAUGUUGCCAUUGUAAAAUCAAAGAUCCCAGCUGAGAAGAAGGCUUCUUCAAUCUUCCAAGAGCUCUAACAACCAAAAUAAAAGAAGCUGUAUCUUUAAAUUUGUAAUUUUAAUUUUUGACUUGUUGCAAUGUUAAAAUUUCCAAGUGUUGCUUUGAAACAAUGCACUAAUGUUGUCAACUGUUGUUGGCUAAUAUGAAAAAGAUGUGUCAUCUACUUUUUGUGUCAAAAGUCAAGGAGUGGUCUCUCCACUAGGGUAUGAAAAAUGAACAUGUUUUAUUUUACCUCCAAUGAGUAGUAACAUUCUUACGUUCAAUGUCAUAAAAGAAGUACAUUUCAAAUAA